AUGGAAUUGUUCCACCGUUACCGAGACCUGGCUCCGCAGUUAGUACCACUCAAUUACAAGGACAAUCCCGAGGUGAAGAUCCCCUAUGAGCUGAUUGGCAGCAUGCCAGAACUGAAGGACAAUCCUUUCCGCCAGAGGAUUGUAGAGGUAUUUUCUGAGGACAGUGAGGGGAACAUGACCUUGGAUGACUUUCUGGAUAUGUUCUCUGUGCUGAGUGAGAUGGCCCCGCGUGAUCUGAAGGCAUGCUAUGCAUUUAAGAUUUACGAUUUUAACAACGAUAAUUUUAUCUGCAAAUCCGAUUUGGAGAAGACAUUGGUCAAACUGACUCGAAAUGAACUGACACCAGAGGAAGUGAGAUUGGUCUGUGAGAAGGUUCUGGAUGAAUCGGAUCUGGAUAAUGAUGGCAAACUAUCACUGGAAGAUUUCCAGCACAUGAUUAUCCGUGCACCUGACUUCCUCAGGUAG